GGGAUAACAUUUAUUAGCUAAAAAAAUACAUCAUUGGAUAUUUUUGAAGGAUAAUUAUUGAUAAUUUUAUAUGAAAAUGAAGUUUGAAAUUUGCUGAGUUUGCGAAUAUUUUACUGUUAAGUGUUACGAAUAUUUUACUGUUUAGAUUCUGCAUGCUGGAUCUUCAUAAGGCAUCUUAUCUUUAAAAUUUUGUAUUGAUGUCUAUUGUCGCAAUCAUUUCCUGUUUAAUCUUAUCUAAACUUUCGGUCAUUUGUAUAUGAAAAUGAAAGUAAUGUGCUUCAUUUAUCAUUUAAAAUUUUUAAUUUCAAAAAAUAACGUAUUUCAUUCUUUUUGGAGCAUCAUUAUGUGCGACAAUGAAACCUCAAGUGAAAUAUCUCUUAGAAUGUUACAUGAAGGAAAGAGGUCUUUAUUUUGUUCAUGAAGCAAAUGAAGAAAGGUCAGGAUCACUUUCAUUACCUUUGCUAAAUGAUUUUGUUGAUGCUUUGCCUGCAGAACUGCAAGGAGUAAUAGGAGGAGCUCAAAAUGCACAUGAAGGUGCUUUAAAUGCUCAACAACGACAAAGAAUUAGAACAAUUGCUAGAAAUUUAAGACUUGCAGCUGAUAGAAUACACAUCAGACGUCCACGGUCAUUGCUGUCUGUUGAGCGUGCAGUUUUGCUAAAUGAAGGUCUAAAUGAAGAGGAAAUUAGAGUUGUAAGAAAUAUGCAUACUGUUGGUCCCCAGUUUUCAGUUUCAUCAGUUGCAGAAUGUUUGAAUAACUGUCUAACAUCUCGCACAGUGAAAGCUGCUCUGCGAUUCCUCUCGUAUACAGCACGAUCUGUUUCUGAAGAGUUAGCUCUGGCUUGUGAAUUAUCUAGUCUUAUUUUGCCAAAUUUUAUUAUUCCAAAUUUUGUUCGAUCCAGUUCAGUGGAGGAAGCAAUUAGUGAAUUUAUUGAAGAUCGGCUUGAUAUGGGAUGAAAUGACAUCCUAUUAAAGAAUGGUCUUGAAACGGCAUCCUAUUAAAGUCUUGAUUGGUCUUGAAAAAUGCUUGGAAAAUGAGAAAUUUGAGUCUUAGCAUUUAAAUCUUUCAUAUUUAUUCGUGGAUAAAGCUUUGAAGCAAAUAUCAUAAAUUAUAUGUAUAAUUUUUACAUAGCAGUGCAUAAGUGCAAUAUCUGUUAAAUGUAAUGAAUAUUCUGUUAAAUUUCAAAAUUGUAUUUUAAGUGAAUGAAGAAUUUUAGAAAUGAUUGUAAAAUGUAAUGAAUAUAUUGUUAAAUGUAAUAUUGUUAAAUGUAAUGAAUAUUCUGUUAAAUUUCAAAAUUGUAUUUUAAGUGAAUGAAGAAUUUUAGAAAUGAUUGUAAAAUAUGCAUAUAAUUUAUGUAUUUCCUUGCUGCAGUAUUCAAACUGUGAUUAAUGAUAUAUGUUUCUCUAGUCCUUUUUAUCAUAUGUAUUUUUAUAUGUUAGAGCAAACAUAAAACAAUGUGAAUCUGAGCAUAUUUUUUUCAUUUUUUAGUUACUGUAUAGCCAUCCAGAAGCUUGUACUUCUGUGCUGUUGCCCAUAUCUAACUUUAUGGGCACAAAUGUUGAAUUGCAGCAGCAUAUUUUACAUUUUUAAAUAAAAUUUUCUGUAAGAAAA